UCAGUUAAAGGGUUUCAAGUCCACGUUCUGAAACCAACACAUACCUAACCCCUUCCUAUAUAAACUGCCUAUUUCUCCUCAUUGGUACUUUUACUUCAAUCAUAAUCAUAUCCGCCGUCUGCGAAGAUUUGCGUCGAUAGACUUGAAGGUUGUUGAUAAUCAGUUUCUGUGAAUUUUUUCGGAUUAAUUGAGAGAGGCGAUGGCUCGUACCAAACAAACAGCUCGUAAAUCAACGGGGGGAAAGGCCCCGCGGAAGCAACUCGCUACCAAGGCGGCAAGGAAAUCGGCUCCGACGACCGGCGGAGUGAAAAAGCCCCACCGCUACCGUCCAGGAACGGUCGCUCUUCGCGAAAUCCGCAAAUAUCAGAAGAGCACAGAACUCCUCAUCCGCAAGCUGCCGUUCCAACGUCUGGUUCGCGAAAUCGCGCAGGAUUUCAAGACCGAUUUGAGGUUCCAAAGCCACGCUGUUCUCGCGCUCCAGGAGGCGGCGGAAGCGUAUCUCGUCGGACUGUUUGAAGAUACCAAUUUGUGCGCAAUUCACGCCAAACGUGUCACAAUUAUGCCGAAAGAUAUUCAGCUUGCGCGUCGUAUCCGCGGUGAACGCGCAUAAUCGUGACCACACUAGCCGCCGCCUCCGCCUCCGCCUCCACCUCCACCUACGCCGCCGCCCAUUCGUAUUAGGUUUGGUUUGGUUUUUUGUUUUUAUGUUUUUUUGGAUAAAGCCGCAUGAACAAUUUUCUAUAAAUUUUGAUACUUCUCAUUGUAAAUCCACCAAAAUUUCCUUAAUUUUCUAUGUUUGUAUUGAACAUUAGGUUUAGUAUUUUGUGGGUCUUUACAUGAAGGCCCAUUUAGCCAUUAAAUGGGUAAUCGAUCCCAUGCUACUUGCAUC